UAUAAAAGUGUGAAAAUGGUUGUACUUUGCAGCAAUCACGCAAUGCUUUUACAACUCAUCAUUCUGUCGGCUUCAGCGGCUUUCGCGGUAGCGGAAAACUGUCCUUCAGGUGGACAAAUCUAUGCCAGAGGUAUCAGCCAGCAAGGUAAGAAUGACGUGACUGCGGCUCACAAUAAUUUCAGGAAGAUGAUUGCGAAUGGUCAAGUGCCGAAUCAACCGCGAGGUGUUAACUUGAAAAGAAUGUAUUACGAUGAUAAUUUAGGAAAUGGAGGAAGAAUUGUUUCUAACACUUGCAAGAUGAGUCACAUUAUUAUGAAGGAUAAUCGUUGGGGUUGGGUUGGACAAAACCUUUACGUGGAGUGGAAUUCGGCGAAGGAGAAUAAUCCUGUGCAGAAUUGGAGCAAGGUUGUGACCUCUUGGUUCAACGAGCACAAAGAUUUCAGGUAUCCAAACACGGCUGUGUCAGGGAAACAGGUUGGUCACUACACUCAGGUCGUUUGGGCUGACAGCAACUACGUGGGAUGCGACUUCAUCUACUACUACGACGUUAACCAGCCUAAGUAUCCUUACGCCAAACUUUACACUUGCAAUUACGGACCUGGUGGAAACUACAAUAAUCAAGCACCGUACAGAACCGGAUCUUCUGGAUGCGAAAAUCUAUGUUAAAUAAAUAAAUAAAUAAAUAUCACAUAAAGAAAAUUAGUAAUAAUAGCAAAUGCA